CACACUUUCACAACGCUGCUGUUUUGUGCGAUGGAGCAGAAUCACAAAAAACAGAUGGCCAGUGAUGGGUUAAUCAAUUCUGCAUUCCAGAAUGAUGAUUUCACAAUCCCAGAACAAAUUCAAAACGACUUAACGGACAAGAGCCAUAAUAAUGGAGAUGCAGUUAUUAUUAAUCAGUUUGACCUUCAAAAUGAUGCUCUUAAAAAUAACACUGGAUCUUACGAUGUACACCCAGAGAAGAAAAGUUGGAUUGCAAAGAAAUAUGACGCAGUGUGUACCUUCUUCAAAAAGCAUAAAACCAUAAUCCGAUAUGUAAUCUACGGCAUACUGAUAGCAGGUUUCCUGGCCAUGGUGAUCGCUGCCUGCGUGUUGAACUUUAGACGGGCCCUAGCACUCUUUGUGCUAACAGUGCUGGCUAUCUUUUUUGUCUGCUGGGAUUUGUUUAUGGAUAGAUAUGAAGGAAAAAUUGCAGAAUUUUUAUCCCCCGUUGGAAGAUUUUUCAAUCGGCAAUGGUUUUGGAUGAAAUGGGUAAUUUGGUUAGCUAUCAUUGCUGCAGUUAUAUGUUGGCUUAUUUUUGACACAGCAAAAAUGGGCACAAAUCAGCUUAUAUCAUUUGGAGGACUUGUGAUGUAUGUGGUCCUAAUGUUCAUCUUUUCUAAACAUCCAACAAAGGUUAAUUGGAGACAAGUAUUCUGGGGAAUUGGUCUGCAGGUUAUUUUGGGACUCUUUAUUUUAAGGACCAAGGCAGGAUUUGAUGCAUUUGAUUGGCUUGGUAUCCAAGUUCAGACAUUUCUGGAGUAUGCAGACACUGGCUCUAAAUUUGUUUUUGGAGAAAAAUACAUUGAUCACUUUUUUGCUUUUAAGGUCCUACCUAUUGUCAUCUUUUUUAGUACAGUGAUGUCAAUGCUUUAUUUCAUUGGCUUUAUGCAAUGGCUCAUUAAAAAGGUUGGCUGGGUGAUGCAAGUUACCAUGGGGACAUCUCCAACAGAGUCAUUGGUUGCAGCUGGAAAUAUAUUUGUUGGGCAGACCGAAUCUCCUCUUUUGAUUCGACCAUAUUUAGAACUAUUAACAAAAUCCGAAAUACAUGCGGUCAUGACAGCUGGCUUUGCAACAAUAGCAGGAAGUGUUUUAGGAGCCUAUAUAUCCUUUGGCGUCUCAUCUUCUCACUUACUUACUGCUUCUGUAAUGUCUGCCCCAGCGGCUUUGGCAAUAGCAAAAUUAUUCUGGCCAGAAACUGAACCCAUAAGAGUUACUAUGAAAACCGGACUACAACUGGAGAAAGGGGAUGCAAAAAAUAUACUAGAAGCUGCAAGUCAAGGAGCAUCUGCAUCGAUUCCUCUAGUGGCAAACAUUGCAGUAAACUUGAUGGCUUUUCUUUCUCUUUUGGCUUUCUUCAAUGCUGCCCUUUCCUGGUUGGGAAACAUGUUUGAUUAUCCUCAGUUAAGCUUCGAGGUAAUAUGCUCUUAUAUCUUCAUGCCCUUUUCUUUCAUGAUGGGUGUGGACUGGGAAGACAGCUUUAUAGUUGGAAAACUAAUAGGUUACAAGACAUUUUUCAAUGAGUUUGUGGCUUAUGAGUACCUUGCUGGAUUGAUAACAAAGAGGAAAGAAGAUGGACCUUUGUAUAUUGAUGGAAUAAAACAGUAUAUGUCAAUUCGGUCUGAAAUCCUUGCAACAUAUGCCUUGUGUGGAUUUGCAAAUUUUGGCUCACUUGGAAUUACAAUUGGAGGUUUAACAUCAAUGGCCCCAAGCAGAAAGGGUGACAUUGCAGGAGGUGCCAUCAGAGCAAUGAUCGCGGGUACUGUGGCAUGCUUCAUGACAGCCUGUAUUGCAGGAAUAUUAACUCCACCAGCCACACAACAGACAUGUCGCACUAUAUUAGACACAUCAUUCUUGAAUUCAAGUUUGCCAGAUAACUCAACAGAACUUGUCAACUGCUGCCUAUCCCUCUAUAAAUGGGUGGUAAUAGAAGGCCCAUCAAAUCUAACCAUUGGUGCAAACUACAGUCUGAAUUCAUUUACUGGUUGCUGUCAGUUGGUGAACUCACCAUCCUUUAAUUGCAGUUUGCUUAAUUAAUUGCCUUAGUAGAUUGUCCAGUAUUGUGUUUGAAAAACUGAAACAGGAGUAAAAUGAUGACAUACAAAAUUUCACUAAAUUAAAGGGAUAUAAAAACCCAUUUUUUUUCUUUAACGAUUCAGAUAGGGCAUGUGAUUUAAGAAACUUUGUCAUUUACUCUUAUUAUCAAUUUAUAUUCAUUCUCUUGGUAUCUUAUUUGAAAAGGCAUGAAUGUAAGUUUAGGAGCCAGUCCAUUUUUGGUUCAGCACCCU